GUUUACUUAUAGAUUUCAUGUUCAAUGUAUAUCCCGAAUAUUAGUGUUGCAUAGGUACAUUUUUUUGCUAUAGGUUUUAGUCAGAAUGGAAAUACAUUGAUGUGGGGACAUUUCUGUGGUCUUUCAGGAUAAAAUUGACAAAUAAAUGUGUGAGUUCAAACAUUUACAGUUGUAAAUUGAGUAAUACCAUGUUGCUGUUACAUAAACUUGCUACAUAAACUGGUUAUGAGAAAAUGAUAAAAAGCUAAACUCCCAUUUAGAUGUUGUUGAGUUGCCAUUCUUCCCUAUUGAAAGGGCAAGUAAAAUUUUUCUGGGGCAAGUAUGUCAUUGGGUAUACUUGCGUGACUGACAACUUGUAGAGAAAUCCAGUAUGGAUCCCUGCAAAAUCACCCCUACUUAUAACUUAGAUGACUAAGGCAACCACAUUGCCUGUUGGAAAUAAUUAUUUACUUAAAUACACAGUUCUUGUUAUGGUUCAUUGAAAAAUACAUUAAAAAAACACUAUGCCUUUUCAAGACAUAGAACUACCAGCCAACAGUGUUUGCAAAAUUCCUUGCACAAGCUUAUGUAAUUCCAAAGGUUGCAUGUAUCUUCUGUUCAGCAGCUUAGUUUUGGUGGGACUCCAUAUCAAAAGAGGGAAGUUGUAUAUUUGAGAAGAAUUUAAACAUAAAAAAAGUUUAAUUACAACUACCUCAUAAAUAAAUAUUGUUAUAUAGAACACUACUAAUAUCAGAGAAUAAAGCAAGUGUUAAGAAAAGCAGUUCACAGCAACAAAUUAUUGUAUAAGAAGUAGUGAAGAGAACUUUAAUCUUACAGAUCAAUACAAACAUUGGCAUCAUCAUCACAUGAGCCAAAAUCAUGCAAGCAUGUGGUUGGCAGAAAGAGUUUUCAAGCAAGUGAAACCUUUUCUUGUGGUUGAAUUUUCAACAUGAUUUUUGGUAUGUGUCAGUGUUCAAAUUUCAUUCACACUUUUCUCACACUUCACUCACAUUGAAGCAUUCUGAUAUUAUCCUAAGUAAAACAUCAAAAUCCGCAAAAAUGUUUCACAAGACAGCUCUGAAAUAACAGAUUUUUAAUCCUAACGCGCCGUAAUAUAAACAGUCCAGAUAUGGUCAUUUGAAACUUUUAAUUUUUACUUGAUUGAAAAAUAAUUGAUGUGACUGGAAAGAGCACCUCAAAAUUAGUGUUUUGGCCAAGUUUCAGAAAGAAAUCUUGAUAGAGGUGAAGCAACAGUCAAUUGAAGAACACUCAGUCUUCAUAUAUUUCCUUGUCUUCGAUUUUUGCUAACCAGGAAUCUGUAGGACUAUUAAGUUACAGUGCUUGUAAUGUCACUGAUAUCUGCGCUGAAUCUGCAGACAUUUUCCACUACGCACAAGCACGCGUUGCGUGCCUAUUUUCACUCGAGAAGGCGGGCAAUGUAAGACUUUGCUCGGGAGCACGGUAAUCGGAAACCGCUAGUUUUCAUUCACCGACGAGACCGCAACGAGAGCUUUUGCUAAUUGUACCAGCUGAAAUACUUAAGAACACUGCAUUUCUGUCGGUGCAAGUGGACUAAGUAUUCCGAAAUAACUCCGCUUCGUUACUCACUUAUUCUAACGAUUCACAUGUGACAUGUACUCACAAGUCUUGAAGGCGCUGCCAUUCACUUGUAAACAAAUGCCUCACUUCAAGGUGAUACUUCCUCGUGCGAUGUUUAGUAAGACAACAGCUUCAACACCAUUCACGUCACUAUUUUUUCGCACCACAGUGUGGUAAAAAAGCAACGUUAUCACACACAACGUGCGAAGCCACUUGAGACGCGCGUUUAUCCGUGACCCCAGGGAAAAGAAGCUUACCUGAUCAUGCGCAAGGGCGAUGGCGGGAAAGAGGUCUGAGAACGAUAGUGUUGAGCUAGUUCCCAGGUUAUUCUCAAACACAAUAAUAUGGCCGCUUCGGCCGCUCUAAAGAAGUUGAAUUUUUCAUCCGACUUCACUGAAGUUUUACAUGUACAUGCGAAAGACUCGACUGAUCGCUUAUUAAAGGGGCUCUUGGUUACGUACAAAAGUGGCAAGUACUGUGAUGUUACUCUGAAAAUCGGUGAAACGCAAAAGCUACGAGCUCAUCGUGUUGUGUUGGCAUCGUUUAGUCGAUACUUUGAGGCCCUUCUUGGAGACAAUUGGGAAGAAGGCAAGAAAGACGAAAUAGAAGUACUUGGUUUAGACGAAGAUGCCGUGAGUGAUUUGAUUGAAUUUGCAUAUUCGGGACAUGUCGACAUCAGUAAAGACAAUGUGCAAACUUUGCUCGAAGCAGCCGAUUAUUUGGGCGUAGAGUUUGUUAAAAAAUCGUGCGAAGAAUUCUUAAAGAAUGCUAUCGAUGAUAGAACAUGCCUGGGCAUAUGGCAGUUGGCAGAUUUUUUUUCUCUUAAAGAGCUUAACGAACUCGCUAAGCGAUAUGCUUUGCGACAUUUUACAGGUGUGUGUGAAAAAGAGGAAUUCCUAUGUCUACCAUACAAACUCCUGACUGAUCUGAUCGCAGAUGAAGGACUCUGUGUUGUGAUUGAUGAAUUGAUUCCAUUUGAAGAAGACAGGGAGAAAAUCGUGUUGCAAGCAGUGUUUCGGUACAUCGAGCAUGAGCUAGACAGCCGAAAGGAACAUCUCCCUGAACUGCUAUCUCUUGUGAGAAUUCCGACUUUAUCAGAGUCGUUCCUAGAGGAAGUUGCUGCAUACGAGCUUGUUCAAAUCUGCUCUGGUGAAGAGAUCUUUGACAGAGCUAGAAAACUAAAAGCAGGCGCUUCCAAGAGCUCCCAGUCAACUGACAUGAAAUGGGCUUCCCCAAGGAAAUUUGCUGAUUAUAGUGCCAUUUGGGGGCGUUGCUUUGCAAUUGGUGGACAAGGACAACCCGAAACUUCGUAUUUCACUGACAAAGAUAUAGUUGAGGAUAUGAAUAAUGAUGUCUAUGUCAAAGGAAUGAAGCUGUGGAUUCAUCAUUGGGUCAGAGGUCCUGUGGUAGGAGCACUUAAGGUCUACUACAGCAACAACACGGAGACAAAGUAUGGUUACAGCACAAAUGAAGCAGAAAUUCAUGAGUUCCACCUAGAGGAAAAUGAGAAGAUUGUCAAAAUUGAUGUUCAAGCUGGCUGGGUUGUUGAUCAACUGACAUUUUACACAAAUAAAAAAGAUGCCCAUGGAAACAAAAGAAAGUUUGGCCCCUAUGGAGGCAAUGGUGGAGGAUUUUACUGCGAGACUCCAGCUGGGUCGUAUGGGUUCUUAGCAGGAGUAGCUGGUGCACAUAUUAAUCAUCAAGGACAGUGGAGUAUAACACAACUUCAAUUUGCAUGGAGGACAUUUGUUUUUCCUGAGGACCCAUCACCCCCAAAAGGCAGAUGCAGAGCUGACGAUAUGCUUGAAGAUUACUACAGUGAUGAAAUGACUUUAGAUGAUGAAUAUCCUGACAUAUACGAUGGUUUUUUGGUUGAUUAUUAUCCUGAUUAAGGUAAUGAAAUGUUGGAAAUCACCAUGCAAAAAUGUAAUUCUCCACUAUAGCUGUGAUCAGAUUGUAUAACCUGGUAGAAAAAACACAUUGUGAUAUGCAUGAAAUAAGGUUUUGAAUCUCACAGUUUAGUCUCUUUCACACAUGUGGUUACACAAUCAUUUUUUCCUCUCACAACGUUUGAUUCCCUGCCCAAAACGUUCCAUCUGGUAACAUACAUGUAGCUCUAAGGUUAUCCAUAGUGAGUUGAAAAAAACAAAGAACCAAUUAAAGAUAUUACACAGAGUUACAUAAUCAAUACAGGACUUGUCAGGUUUUAAACCAGUUGUCUUUGAGUGGGGAAGGAUUGACCACAUGAAAAAAGUGAGGGUGGUGCAUGAAGCCCUGAAUAAAAACUGCAGAGGAAAUGAUAUACAAUGUAGUUUUAAAAUAAUAUAUACAUGUAUUCAUGUACUGAGUACCGGUCAAAUGUAAGUUGACAUUCUCGACUCGAAACUCGAUUCUCAAUACUCGAUGUGUUCAAGAAUCGAGUUUCGAGGCUCGAGUUUGGAGUUUGGAGUAUUGAGUUUCGAGUUUCAAGAUGCUCAAAGAAUUUUUCAAGAAAACGAUUUAUAUCUCGAAUUCAUAACAAUAGAAAUAAACAAUACCGCGCUUCGUGCGGCUUCCUUUAUUCGUGCAAGAGUACAUGUAUUUCAUAUUAACGUCCAAAUCGUUAGUCGGUAUGUUUAUAGGGUAAAUUUUUAAAAAGGAUGCUCAACACUUUUUAUACUUUUAAACUGUUAACUUAAAUUUCAGAUACAGUGUAUAUUAGCAAAGUAAAAAUGGUCUACAUUUACAAGAUUCAGGACUGACAUCCUUUACAUCCACUUUCAGUGUUACGUGCAUAGGUGACAUCUUUCGACCAUCUCUUGACAUUCCAUCUUUCGACAUGCUAUGUAAAUGGUUGAAAUACCGUUUAGCUGUGAAACUAGCAAUUUUUCUGGUUAUUAGCAGAACAAAUGACAGGUAUAUGAUAAUUACUGACCUCAAAUGAAUG